UAGGACCUUGCGGUGUACCGCAACUGAGAGCUUCCAGGGUACAUCAUAAUGGUUGUGUAUAAAUUGUCGUGUUUACCUCAGCGCGACUGACGACGAAUUCAGAAUCGAACAUAUCUUUUAUUGUUUGUACCUGUAUAUCAUCAGUGGUGGUCGGGAGCGUGACUGUGCUUGCGGCUCGCUUGAUAACUUACGAAUGGAGCACAUCCGGCUUCCAAAGGUGGUGAAGGUCAGGCUGCUAGACAGAAUGUUCACCAAAAGAAGCAGGUUGGGCACCCUCUAUCUGAUGGCGACCCACACCAUCUUUGUGGAGAGUGAAGGUGGAAUGCGCAAUGAAACAUGGGUGCUUCACAGGUUGGUUUUCAGCGUGGAGAAACAAGUGACCACGCCGUCUGGAUCUCCUUUGUUGAUACACUGCAAAAACUUCCAGGUUCUUCAUUUUGUCAUACCUCAAGAGCGAGAGUGCCAUGAUGUACACGUGUCCCUGUUGCAUCUCUCCCAACCAGAGCAUUAUGAGGAACUGUAUUGCUUUUCAUAUAAACCAAACAAGGAUGAGAAGGAGAGAUGCCUGGAGUGGGACUUCUUGGACCUCAAAGCUGAGUACAUCAGAAUGGGAAUCCCAAACUCCCUGUGGAAACUCUCCUUAGUCAACCAGCACUACAAGGUGAGUGAAACUUACCCUGCUGAACUUUUUGUACCCGAGUCAACAACUCCAUCAGUCAUCACCGGAAGUUCCAAGUUCAGGAGCAGAGGAAGUAUUUCAUAAUACUACAAGGAAAAUCGUGCUGCCAUCUGUCGCAGCAGCCAACCUCUUUCAGGCUUCAGCGCUCGUUGCGUGGAGGAUGAGCAGAUGCUGGAGGCCAUACUGAGGUCCAAUCCCCACAGUGACUUCAUGUAUGUGGUGGACACCAGGCCCAAGUUAAAUGCGAUGGAGAAUCGAGCAGCGGGAAAAGGCUAUGAAAAUGAGGACAACUACUCCCACAUUAAAUUCCAGUUCGCCGCCAUUGAGAGCAUCCAUGUGAUGAGGAACAGCCAGCAAAAAAAUGUGUGUGAGCUGCGUUCCCCUUAGAUGUCUUACUUCCUGGAGGGCCUGGGGAGCUCAGGCUGGCUGAAGCACAUCAAAGCUGUUUUGGAUGCAGGCAUCUUUAUCGCCAAGGUCAGGCUGCAGAUUAAUCCCCGCUGUCUUCUUCACUACUACUCAAGUUGGGACCGUACUGCUCAGGUGUGCUCUGUGGCCUGCGUCCUUUUGGAUCCAUACUACCCGACCAUCAAAGGACUCAUGGGACAGACCGAUUUUAUACUCAUCAAAAAAGAUUGGGUCUCAUUCGGCCACAAGUUUUCGCACAGAUGCAACCACCUAAAUGGAGACCCUAAAGAAGUGUCUCCUCUUAUCGAUCAGUUCUUGGAGUGUGUGUGGCAACUGAUGGAGCGGUUUCCCUGUGCCUUUGAGUUCAAUGAGCGGUUUCUAAUCACCAUUCACAGCCACAUCUACUCCUGCCAGUAUGGCAACUUUAUUGGAAACAACCAGCGGGGAAGGGCAGAACUCCGACUUUGUGAGAGGACCCAUUCUCUGUGGCAUUAUCUGUGGGCAAACCGGACAGACUACACUAACCUUCUGUACAGACCCGACCACAGCCACACACAGGGACUCCUUUGGCCAUCUACCGCCCCCUGUUGGUUUAAAUUUUGGAGGAGGUUGUACAACCGAUUUGACUGUGGGAUGCAUCCUCGUCAGUCUGUAGAGGAUUACCUGCGGGCCAUACAAGAGGAAACUGAACAGUUAGAGGAGCUGCUCGCCUCACACAAACAGAAAAUUUCUCAACUGAAGGAGAAGCAGGUGUGGAAUUGUACCCCAAAAUCAGCCGCCCUUGAUAAAAGCCCCACUGCUUGGGUUUUUGGUCAUGAUCUCGGCCUGGCAAACACCCCUCAAGACUACAUGUCAAGCUUCCUGACCAUCAGCCCUUCUCAUCUAAAGACACCACGUAGCAGCCUGACCCUCUCACCCCAAGAUUUAAACAAAACAUACGACUCCAGUCACUCCAACGGCAGUGAUCAAGAGUCUGGUAUAGUGGACCUGAGCUGCCGUUCACCUUUAAGAGAGAGCAGUACAUCACCUCUUUCACAAUGGUCUUCCAUAUUUUUAUGUAUCAAACAUCUUAGCAGUGUAAACACACAUAACAACAAUACAGAGCUAAAUAAGAGCUAAUGCACCACAAUAAAUGCAAAGCACUUGGCAUCAAUCAGUGGAGGAGCAUGUUGAGUUUGAAAAGCUUUAUCUUAACAAAUAAACAUUAGAAUAAAGGUCCAGGUCGAACAAAAUCCAGCUAUGAUGCAAGGUAAAAUUCACAUUAUGCUGAUUGGCAUGUGGGAAUUGUUGUUUUCGUGUUUUGUGGUCACUUCAGUCAGUGUGCUUGGCUGAAGAAACCGACUUCUUGAACACAAUGUGUGUCAAUGGCACGAAAAAGAAACGUUGACUGAACACGGCUACAGUAAAAUUGUCAGCUGCAGACACUGUACAUAUGAAGAUAUUUUGUUAAUAUGCUGUGCACACUGAUGAUGGAUGGGAGUCAACAGCUGAAAGCAUGUCGUGUCACACUCGUGUCUUCAAAUCAGGUGUAUUACUGUUCUGUACAAUCCUGCCAGUGAACAGUCCAGCAUGCAAAUAUAUUUUUGUACCUUUAUUUAUUUAUUUAUACAUACACACACAUACUGUGUGUGUGUGUGUGUAUAUAUAUAUAUGUGUAUGUGUAUAUAUAUACAUAUACAUACAUAUGUAUGUACUGCAUAUAUAUGUAUGUAUAUGUGUACUGUGUGUAUAUAGGUGUGUGUGUGUACAAUCUAUAUAUAAAAUCAUGCAUGCAUGCCAUCUAUAUAUAUAUUGCGCGUCGUCCCGCACGCGGUCUGUCCCUUUUCAAAACGUACCUACUUCACCGCGCCGCUGCGCGCCACCACUGCGCCGCUCAGGCAGUGGCUCACUACGAUCGCGCGGGCAUCUUAGUGAAAAAAUGUUGUCUACCCACAAGCAUUGCAAUAAAAUUGUUAGUUAUUUAGUAGAGCUAAACAUCUCUUUAUUUUCGCGAUAAGCAAUGAAGAUGAACAAAAAGUUGAACCAAGCAACAACACUUUUGUGUGCCGAAGGCCCACCUUACCAGUCUUCCGCAGGAACUAGCUGAUGAGCCGCCCGGAGGGCGGCGAAUCACCACCUUACCAGCCUUCCGCAGGAACUAGCUGAUGAGCCGCCCGGAGUGCGGCGAACCAGCUAGUUUAUUAUAAAUAGUAACAAGGUAUUUGAGUAAGUUAAAAUAUUUUGUCUAUGGAUUUAUUUAUUCAUGUGGAAUGAAAUUCCUUGUUGGUUAUACUGUAUUAUUAAAUUCAAAAUGUUGUUAAUUGGUCUAUGUGAAAGGAUAUAAUGUAUUGUUCUUCCCUACACUCUCCAAAUAAACUCCCUAUUAAGUCAGUAACAAA